UCGCUUUGCCAUAACAACAUGGAUGUUAGAACAUAUUGAAGGCGGAGAAUAGCAGAAACGAAAGCAGCGUUUUAGACGUAGUUUACAAUAAGAAAAUAUUAGAUAUGGAUCGAGUUUAUUUGGUAAGAAAGUGUGACAGCGGUGUGUCACAAAAGAACCUGUUUAAGAAUGGUGAUACAUCACUGAGUCGCACGUAAUACUCUGAAAGAAGCCCUGUUUCUGCAGUAAUUUUUCUUCCUUUGAUUAAUACAUACUAGAAUAUUCGGCUCUUUACGUUUUGAGUUCAAAUGCCGCCGAGGUCGACUGUGCAAAAACCAACUUAGAAAAGUUAGCGGGCUUGCAGAUAGACUCACAGAAAAGCAAGCCAUGACGCCCAAAAGCGGUGGUCGACAUGGACUUGACAUUCUAGGCGCCGAGGAGCACUGGCGGACAGAGCGGUUAAACUCUGGUGUAUCCUGAUGUCACUUCCCAUAUUAUCUGUGUGAGGAGCAUCAUACAAACCACAAACAGUAAUGGGGAUAGGCUAUCUCCCUGAAAUAUGUCUCUCUUGAUGUUAACCUUCGCCAAAAAUUGUCCACAUGAUGUUAACUCUGUAUUCCAGUUCUUCAUUGAUCUCCGGAUAAAAUUUGAGAUGCUAUCUGACACUUGUACCAACACAGGACUUCCUAAAAUCCAGGAAUGGGGAACCAUAUCAUAUACUUUCUUAUAAUCAAUCCAUGCCAUACCCAGAAAGUACAAGAGAUAUCUCUGAAAACCAAAAUCCUGUCUUCAAACAUUCCGCUAAUUUCAAGAAAAUGGACAAAAAUUAUACAGUCAUCAAGUGUUCCAGUUUACAGGAAGUAAAUGAUGAAACGGUUAAAGUCCAUUUCCCUGCAAUAGUGCUUCUCGUAUUCGAAAUGGUUCUUGGAGCAAUUGGAAAUUGCAUAGCAGCAUACAUAUACCAUUAUAAAUUUGAGGUUUCGUCCACACAGAUUUUCAUUGUUGCACUUUCAAUGUAUGAUUUUCUAGCCAGCACAAUAUGUAUACCUAUGGAAAUUGUAUUGCUACAUCGGUUAUACACUUUUGAAUAUGAUACUACAUGCCGCUUGAUACGUUCCUUUGUUGCUUUAACAAUAAUCAGUUCAGCCUUGAUUGUAAUCAUAAUUUCAAUCGAUAGAUAUAUUCUUAUAUGUCGACCUCUCAAUCAAAAAAUUUCCAUUAAGAAUUCAAAGAGAAUUAUUGCAGUUUUAGCAUCCUUAUCUUUUCUGUUUUGUAUACCAGUAUCUUUUGUGUACCGUAAACACUAUAGAGAGGUCAAACAGUGUGGAAGAAUUGGCACCGUAUGUUCACUUUCAGAAAAAUCAAUCUUUCCUUUAAUCUAUUAUACCACCGUGCUGGUUUUCUGUGCCUUGUCAUUUAUUAUUCUCAUGGUAAUAUACUUAUUAAUUGGAAUACGUAUUUGGAAAAUUUACAGAGCAAAGCAAUUAAAAAAUGCUAUUUGUAAUAGUGUUGCAAAUGAGAACAGUGUAAAGUCAAUUGAAGAUACUCGUUGGCCUUCUUUGAAACACUUGACUUCUGUGAAACUCUUUACUUCUGGUACUUCUGGUAUGCGUAUCAGAAAACAUUCAAUGCACCCGUUUAGAACCACUUUACUUUUGUUCGUCCUCACUUUGAUCUGGACAAUGAGUUAUGUACCACAUUUCAUAGGAACAUUCCGGAGGAUGUUCACUAAAAAUUUUAACGACUCUACAACUCACAAACAACAAUUAACCUACCAUUUGUUAACGUAUUCUUAUUACAUUAUCUGUGCUGCUAAUCCGUAUAUUUAUGGACUUUUCUGUCAACACUUUCGUUCUGAAUUAAUGUUUAUACUUCGCAAAAUGUUCGUGUGUUGUAAAAAAUAA